AGCCGGCCUUCUGCCCAAUCAGAGCAAAAAAGUAGCAGUCGCAGACCUUCGUCAAGCGGCCUGAGAUGCGUUCGCGAGGCCUUGGCGUUUCUAUGUUGCUGGCUGGAGCAGCCUUUGUUGCUCCCAGGCCAGAGCUCCAAAGGAAAUCAUUGCAUUCCCGAGAAAGUAUCGCCGCUCAUGCUGCAGAUCCUGAGCGGGAUCAGCGCGACGAGGCGCCCAGCAACAUUGAACAGCGGGUCGACUCAUUGUUUGGUGCCGCGCGGGAUUUGCUGGACUCUGAAGCCGGCCGCAGUGUGCAAAACCUUGUUGGGGAGGAGCGCCUUGAGAGCUUGAAGGCCGGGGUGGCAGCUACAGCUUCGGGAGCAACUGCUAUGGUGCCAAUCAGUUUAAUCGACCCGGACCGACUGACGCCGCGCUGGGAGUUCCAGCUGGAUAUGCUUGCGCUGGACAUUUUCCUUUUUGGGGUUGUGUAUCGAUAUGCUAUCCGAGCUGGCGAUGACAAUCCCAUGUUGAAAGCAGGUGUGGCGGGCGCUUUUGCCCUUCCACGUGCCCUGUUCCUGGUGGAGUUGCCUACGAAUUGCCAGGCCUUGCCUUUGAAUUGCGGAGAGCCUCUGGGCUAUUUCAGCUGGUCAAUGAUUUUCCAGGCUCUGUGGCAGUUAUUUGUCGGCGUGACUGUACUCUUCUUUGCGCUCUACGGCUUGGAGCGAGCAAUGGGCGUGAAGUUUGUACAAAGAUUUUCGUCUCAAGGCUGAGAAGGGCUGCUGGCGCCAACUGCGUCAGUGAAACCAUAUGACCUGAAGCCCAUCCGAGCUUGGGGGCCCAAAGAUGCUCAGGCGCAGCAGCAAACAUAAGAUGCGGCGCGCGUCGGGAGCAUCAAGUGUGGAUAUGGACAGGGCGUCAUUGUCAUUUUGCGGACAGAAGAACUCUUGCGGGCGGC